GAGCCAUUUUGGUCCCACCUAAAACACACAGACCCGCUUCUUCACUUUGGGCCGCCGGAGAUGGAAGAAACCGAGCCGACGGCGAGUAUUUCAGUCGGCCAAACCUUCUGAACACCCCCGAGAAACAUCCCCUGGUGACACUCGACGCCAUGGCUCGUUUCUAGACGGAGUCGUUCAGAGGAAAAUAAGAAAAAGCCUGUGGCGAUUUUUUUUUUUUUUUUUUUUUUUUUUUUUUUUGGAAGUGGCUGCCGACAGCGCCUUUACUUUAGUUAGCUUCACUGACUCGAACCCCAAAACGGACAGACGGACACUGAUUUGUGGAGUCUAAACGUGUGCUCUUUAGUGUUUUUUUUUAAUUAAUAUUUUUGUACCAUUGUUUGUUAGAAUUCAUCUCCCUUCAACAGUUCAAGUGCUCGGCUUCUCUAACACGUCCGGUCUGGUUUUGAAAAUUGUCACGAUCCAUGCUGAGAGGGCUGCAAAAGCGAAGCAAUAAUCUCUCGUCUUUCUCAAGAUUUCGGACUGAAGACGGAGGAUUUUUUUUUUUUUUUUUGUAUUUUUUUUUAUUCCUGUGUGGACAUCACACGGCAACCGGCUGAAGAAGGACGAAUAAAAGAUGUCAACAAAAACUCCUUUACCGACGGUCAACGAGAAGGUGACGGAAAGUCACACGUCUCACAGUAAUGGCCGCCAGGAGAUCAGCACCACGCGCUCGGGUCGGACCGGCGUACGAUCCCGCAGCUCCGAGGAGCCGCAGCCGCCGCACGUCGGCAACUACCGGCUGCUCAAGACCAUCGGCAAAGGAAACUUCGCCAAGGUCAAACUGGCCCGACACAUCCUCACCGGCAGAGAGGUGGCAAUUAAGAUAAUAGACAAGACACAGCUGAACCCAAACAGCCUUCAGAAGCUCUUCAGAGAAGUUAGAAUAAUGAAGAUCCUGAAUCAUCCCAAUAUAGUCAAGCUUUUUGAGGUGAUCGAGACGGAGAGGACGCUCUACCUGGUGAUGGAGUACGCCAGCGGAGGAGAGGUGUUCGACUACCUGGUUGCACAUGGAAGAAUGAAGGAAAAAGAGGCCAGAGCUAAAUUUAGACAGAUCGUGUCGGCGGUGCAGUACUGCCACCAGAAGCACAUUGUUCACAGAGACCUCAAGGCGGAGAACCUGCUCCUGGACGCCGACAUGAACAUCAAGAUCGCAGAUUUCGGCUUCAGCAACGAGUUCACUAUGGGCAACAAGCUGGACACGUUCUGCGGCUCGCCGCCCUACGCGGCGCCGGAGCUUUUCCAGGGGAAGAAGUACGACGGGCCGGAGGUGGACGUCUGGAGUCUGGGGGUGAUACUGUACACGCUGGUCAGCGGCUCGCUGCCCUUCGACGGACAGAACCUGAAGGAGCUGCGGGAGCGCGUGCUCAGAGGGAAGUACCGCAUCCCUUUCUACAUGUCCACAGACUGCGAGAACCUCCUCAAACGCUUCCUGGUGCUCAACCCGGCCAAGCGGGGUACUCUCGAGGUGAGGGAGGACGCAGAAAAUCAAAUCAUGAAGGAUCGAUGGAUCAACGCAGGAUUUGAUGAGGACGAACUCAAGCCUUACACUGAACCCGAGCUGGACAUCACGGAUCAGAAGAGAAUAGAUGUGAUGGUGGGGAUGGGCUACAACCUGGACGACAUCCAGGACUCUCUGGCCAAGAUGAAGUACGACGAGAUCACAGCCACAUACCUGCUGCUGGGCAGGAAGGCCUCCGAGCUGGAGCCCAGCGAGUCGGCCUCCAGCAGCAACCUCUCUCUGGCCAAACCCAGGCCCAACAGCGAACUCAACGGCCAGUCGCCCUCACACCUCAAGGUCCAGAGGAGCGUCUCGUCCAACCACAAACAGAGACGCUACAGCGAACAAGUCGGUCAGAACGUUCCUCCGGGGAUGGCUCAUCCGAAGAGGAGUCAGACCACGACGACGGACGGCAGCGCGAAGGAGGAAGGUGGAGUCCAGCUCCGCAAACCGGGCACCCCGGGGAGCCGCGGCGCUCCGCCCUCCAGCCCUUUAAUGGGCAACGCCAACAACCCCAACAAGGCCGACAUCCCCGACCGCAGGAAAGGAGCCACCACCGGUCCGGCUAAUAACACCGCUUCGGCAGGUAUGACCAGGAGGAACACGUACGUCUGCAGCGACCGGAACAACACCGACCGCCUCUCGGUCAUCCCCAACGGGAAGGAGAACAGCAUGACUGAGGUGGCUUGUGCCACUAGCCCCUCCUCCUCUGCCUUUACGGCCGCUUCGCUCGGUGCCUCGUCCGGUUCGGUGCGGCUGAGGCAUCAAACCGUCGGCCCUUUGUACGCUUGCCAGGCAGGCUGGGCCACGCUGCCCCACUCCUACUACGCUCUGGACUACUGCUCGCCCAACGUCGCCGUGUCGCCCAGCACCCAGAGGAACCCGGUGGCGUCGACCCACAGCAUCACCAACGCCACUACGCCCGACCGCCUCCGCUUCCCGCGGGGCACCGCCAGCCGCAGCACCUUCCACGGCGGCCAGCUGAGGGACCGGCGCACGGCCACGUACAACGGGCCGCCGGCCUCGCCCACCCUCUCCCACGACGCCACCCCGCUCUCCCAGACACGCAGCCGGGGAACCAGCAACCUCUUCUCCAAACUCACCUCCAAACUGACCCGCAGAAACAUGUCAUUCAGGUUUACCAAAAGAGUCUCAACCGAGUUUGAGAGAAACGGGAGACUUGAGGGCUCAAGUCGCCAUGUACCUGGGGAUCAAAAAGGGGAAAAUAAAGACGGUAAACCCCGCUCCCUCAGAUUCACUUGGAGUAUGAGGACCACCAGCUCCAUGGAGCCCUGCGACAUCAUGCGGGAGAUUCGCAAGGUCCUCGACGCCAACAACUGCGACUACGAGCAGCAGGAGAGUUUCCUGCUCCUUUGCGUCCACGGAGACGGGCGAGCCGAGAACCUGGUGCAGUGGGAGAUGGAGGUUUGCAAGCUGCCCCGGCUCUCGCUCAACGGCGUCCGGUUCAAGCGGAUAUCCGGCUCAUCCAUCGCUUUCAAAAACAUUGCUUCCAAAGUUGCCAACGAGUUAAAGCUAUGAACAAAAGGGUUUCAAAAUAUAUAUAUAUAUAUAUAUACAUACAUAUAUAUAUAUAUAUGUUAAAAAAAGUAUAUAUAUAUAUCUAGAAGUAUUUAAGCUGUACAAUCAUACAAGUAGCAGUUUCCAAAUGUCUCCUUUUUUUAAACAAGAAAUACAGAGUAUGUAUUGAAUAUUAAAAUGUAUAGAUUAAGGCUUUUUUGGCAAUAAUCACUGAAUACUAAUAUCUCAGUCUGUUCUGGCCGCGCGGAGGGAAAGGUCGACAUUAACGACUUGAUUUGUUGUCAUGCUGUGAAUGUGGACAAAAGAAAAAAAAAGCAUUUCCUGGUCUUAUUUAUUUCAUCUUAAUUUUUUUUUUUUUUU